CAGGAAACCGUGACGCCACGGUCCCAGUUUCUAAGUCUUGCUAGAAAUCAUGGCCAAAUUUGUGAUCGCGGGUAAAGCAAACUGCCCAUAUUAUGCUAAGGCAGAACUUCUGGCAGACUAUUUACAAAAGAAUCUUCCUGACUUUCGGAUUUUUAAGAUCACGCAACAUCCUGACAAGUGGGAGGAUUGGGUGGAAGAUGUUUGUGAAAGGAAUAUGUGGGACCACAGAACCUCCCCCAUUAUCUGGAGAGAGUUGCUGGAUCGUGGAGGCAGGGGCUUGCUUUUGGGAGGAUACAAUGAGUUUCUGGAACAUGCCCAGCUUUACUAUGGUGUCACUUCCAACAUGACGACAGAGUUGAUGAUGGUCAUCGCUAAAGAGAACAUGCAGACGCAUACAGAACAACAGUUGGAUAAAGAAACCAUGAAAGAUCUCAUCAGCCCUUUGCAGGUCUGGAUUGCCAGUGCAGGUACUUAUGUGUGCUGCCACUUAAUUCCCCUCUUGCUAAGUGGGGAAGUGUUUGGGAUGCACUCAGAGAUCAGCCUGACCCUGUUUGACCAGGAGCAAAGGGAGGACUGCCUCAGAAGCAUAGUGAUGGAAACCCAGGACUUGGCCUCGCCAGUCCUCCGCACUGUCUCCUUCUGCACCACGGUAAAGGAGGCCUUCCUUCAGGCCCAGGUCAUCAUCAUCCUGGAUGACAGCACAGAGGAAGAAGUGUACAGCCUGGAGAGCUGCCUGCGGAGCAGGGUGCCACUGUGCCGCCUCUACGGUUACCUGAUAGAGAAAAAUGCUCACAAGUCUGUCAAGGUCAUCGUGGGAGGGAAAAACUUUGUAAAUCUGAAAACAACUUUGCUCAUGCAAUAUGCCCCUAACAUCGCGAGCAACAUUAUCGCAGUGGCUCUGGGGGUAGAAGGCCAAGCCAAAGCAGUACUGGCCCGAAAGAUGAAAACCACUUCAGCCAACAUCAAAGAUGUGAUAAUCUGGGGCAAUAUCACUGGAAAUAACUACGUUGACCUGAGGAAAGCAAAAGUUUACAACUAUGAGAGUGCUGUCAAGGGGCCUCCUGGACACUAUCACUCUGUGUUAAGCUUGAUUUUUGACAGAGAGUGGAUCACAAAAGAAUUUGUGCGGACACUUAAAAUCUUGAGCAGCACUGGAAAACAAUUUGGAGGCAUCUUGGCUGCACACAGCAUAGCCACCACCCUGAAGUACUGGUACCAUGGCUCACCACCUGGAGAGAUUGUUUCCUUGGGUGUAAUGAGUGAAGGCCAGUUUGACAUUCCUGAAGGGAUCGUCUUUUCUAUGCCCGUGAAAUUUGAGAAUGGAACGUGGGAGGUUCUUACUGAUCUUGAAGACAUUUCGCUUAGCGAGAAGACACUAAGCAGACUCACAGGCGAUCUGAUUCAGGAGAAACUUGUUGCAUGUGGAGAUGUAUUAACUUUUCAGCCGAUUGAAGAAGAUCCCAAAGAUAACGAACCAUCUAAUAUAGGCAUAAAUGAAGAAAAGGAACAGCCUGGGUCUGAUGACUCUGAUGGAAAAAAUGAGGACCAAUAAUAGCUUCAACCAGAACAAAUAUGAAGGAAAGACAGAAAGACCUGCAGGUGUUUGCACUUAGGGAAGAACAGUGAAAUAAAACAGACCCCAAAUCUAGCAGAGUCACAUGCUGCCACAUCCAAUCCCGCUUUUGUCAAUUGCUGUAUGUCCUCAAAAAUAAAUGAAUGUAAACCGCUGUUUUA